UUUUUUUAUUAUUAUUCUUUUCUUUCAUAUAAAAUUAAUCAUGAAAGUUUUUCGAGCAGAAACGGGCGAACCUAUUAAAUGGAAUUUAAAACCUAGUCUUAUUAAAACUGUUGAUGAAUUAAAACAAACCUUUGAAGAUGAAUGCGGAGUGCCCAUGAGUGAUCAAAUCUUGAUGACCAGUUUUGGUAAGCUAGUGAAACAAGAUAAUUUGACUAAAGUAUUAGAAUCGACUGGAAAAGAUGAAUAUAUUGUGUUUUGCUAUGAUCGUCGGUAUUUAAGUGUCGAUGAAGAAAGUAUAGAAGCUUUAUUAGCCGCAGAAACACCUUCACUUGAGCCAAGAGUGAACCAAUUAGAUGGAACGUUCAUAUUAAAACAUGUUCAAGCUUCAUUAAAGAAUAAAAUUUCUAUUCAAGAUACUUGUCAAGCAUUUAUAUCCUUAUUUUCAACUUUUGAUUCCCACAGUCAAACAUUAACUAAAACAGUGACUACACAUAUUCAUCUAUCACAACAAAUAGUACAGGCACAGAAAUUUCAAAGUAUGGCACUCAAUGUAGCUAUCACUAAUCUAGAAUCACAUCGUAAACUGGCAGACGUUUGUAUUCGAUCUUUUAUCACUCAAGCACAAACUGAACUAGAUCAUCAACAACACCUCUUAGACGCUAUCGAUCAAGAUUUGACAUUACUUAAACAUGUUCGUAUUCACUCUUCAAUUGCAUCACAUAAACGAUUGAUUGAUUUUGUAGAUAUUCAAAAUAUUCAACACAUGCGUCAUGAUACUCAAGAUCUAUGUAGCUAUUUAAAGGAGCAUAUGAAUAGUUUAAAUGAAGAAAUACAACAACUUAAAGAAGAUGAAGAUAGUUUUGCUGAUGGUGUAGCUGAAAAGAAUAAGGGACUACAAGAGCUGGAUGAAUUAUUAGCAGAUAUGCUGUUGAUUCAACAAAAAUGUAACUAUUUAAGAGACAAGAUACAACGAGACCUGAGGAGAGUAUAUGAAAAGAUUUCAAAACUUGUGCCAUUAAAUCAACUUUUAGAAGAGUUAUCUAUGUCUACAAAACAGCAGCAUCAGCAGCACAUUGAGUCGUCGUCGUCUUCUUCUACAAUAAAGCGAAUGUUGGAUGCCUUUAGUCAUCUUGCAGAAAUUCAUGUUUAUGAUUAUUUACCAAAACUCAUUGAGUAUGAACGUCAGAUACGGGAACAUACAACUCAUUUAAUUUCUCUCAAACGAGACUCCAUUUCCAUUUUUGUUCGCCAUAUGGCUGUUGUCUCUGAAUUUCAACGACAUGUGGGUAACAUUCAACCCAUUGUUGAUCAACAUCAAUUACAUCUUCUUCAAUUCAAGUCGCGUUAUCCUCGAGGUUUAGAAUGUGUACGUGACCUAUUGUUCUCCUAUGGGGCCUUGAUGAUUGAAAAAGUGAGACGAAAGGAGUACAUGGUCUUGUUAGUGAAUAACGUGAGUGGUAUAGCAGAUGCCUUUUCGGAAUUUUCAAAACAAGAGGAAGCAAGACGAGAGGCAUUUGAGAAUACAGUCAUGAAAUCACUUCCCUUCAAACUAGGGACCAUGAUGAACAAGUCUGCAGCUCAAUGUAAAGUGUCCAUUCAAGGGUUAUUAGCUGAAGAGGAUGGGAUAGAGAAAAAGGAUAUAUUAGAUUUUAUAUCCAUCAUUACACAAGUUUAUUAUUCACAGUUGCCGACCAAGUUAUUACGGCACCAAGAGGAACAAAACGAUUGGUUAUUACAGUUACUCAACAAAAUGAUGAAGGAAAUGGAUGAAAUGAAUAAUAAAUUUCUGAAAUCAAUAAGAGAGAACCUUUUAAAGCAGCAAAUGGAAGAUGAUGGGAAAAAGGCUUUUAUUAUGAAUGACACAUCAUCUGCGAUGGUCGCUCGAUUGACACCCAAGUUGAUUGUUUCAACAGCAAUAGCAACAGCAUCAGCAACAGCAUCAGCGUCAGUGUCAGCGUCAUCAUCAUCUGAUUUUUCUGUAGUGGAAGAUGAUUACAAGAAGUUAGUGAUAGAAAACAAAGAAUUAAAGAAUAAAUUGGGGAAUAUGGAAGAAGAGAUGAAUUUAUUAGAACAAAAGAAUCAAGAACAAGCAGAGGAGAUCAGUCAAUUACGAGAACUUGUGAAAACAUUGGAAAAUGAGAAAGAAGAGUUUGAGUCUCAUAGACGAAGCUUUCUAAAUGAGCUUAAAAAUAAAGAUAAAACUGCAGAUUUUAGGCUUGCAAGCGCAGAAGAAGAAUUCCAUGCAAAGGUAUGAAUAUAUAACACACACACACACACACUCUCCCUCUCUUCAUAUACAGAUGCAUAUUUAACUCUUUACUAAAUAUAUACAUAUACAUACAUAUAUUAGAUGAGUGAUUUACAAUAUGAAUUGGAGGAAGAGAGGCGUAUGAAAAAUAAU